GCGCCCGAUCGGCUCGCUGCAGACACGCCGGACCUACCACCCCAGGAAAGUCGCACGGCGUGGGAGACAGCCGGCCGGAGAAAAAUGCACAGACACCGGGUUGUAGGUCCUGCAGGGCGGGGCGCGGACAGAGACAGUGGCCAGCGCCCCAGUCGUGAGCUACCGGCCCCAGGAUGUGGACGUGCAAGCUGGCGCUUCUGACGCUGCUCGCCUCGCUGGCGCCGCUCGUGGCGCCGGCACCAGCACGGACCUCCGCUGGCGCAUCGAAGCGCGCCAUCCCGCUCAGCCAGUUCGGCCCAUUUGACCCAUACGCCGCUCAGCUGUACGGCCAGCGAGCGUACCAGUACCCGUACACCAGUGCGGUAAACAACGGAGUGUACGGCAAUGGUUAUUAUCCCGGUGCCGGAAACUACUACGAUCCGACAGAGUACAACUAUGCUCCAAUAAACGACCGGGCCGACACACAGCCUGUGAAAUAUCAUGACCGGCUGAAGACGGCUUCAAACAACGGCAAGUACGAUCAGAAGUACGACGACGGGCACUAUGACGCGAAACUCUACAACUCGGGAAAGCACAAUCCCAGAAACUACGACUCUGGACUGUACGACCAUGCCAAGUACGGUACUAAGCCCGUCCAUAACACAAAGAAGACGCAUAAGAAGUUCCCAAAGCAUCGAGGCGCUGAGAGUAUUGGCGCUGGGAGCCGGAAAAUCGGCAAGAAACCAGCUGCAGUGGGAUUCUUUAUCCGCAGCGACGGUAGCGGAGGAUACAACUGGGGUCAAUACGGGCAGUUCGGACGGUUGAGCACGAGGAGCGCUCCGCGACCUACUGUGGCUCCAUUUGUUUACGAGGUAGCGAAACCUCAUUUGGAAAAGCCGGCCAUCCGUAAGAAGGAUGUGGUGCACAAAACGAAGGAUGUUGUAAAGGGAAGACCGGAGAAGGAUUUGAGCUUUAACACAAAGGAGGUGUUCUCUAAAAUUGAUGUGUUUGGCCCGAAUCACCGGAAGCUGUUCACCGGAGGCAAACGUGUUUUCGACAAUGAUCCGAAUCAGGAUUUCGGCAUCAGUCGCAUUGAACUGAACAACGACGAGCGGGCUACUGCAAGCGGGCCGUCCGGGAACGAUUUUGACAGCUACGGAUUCUACUCUGAUCUGUCAAACUUAUACUCGGAGAAACCAUUUGAUGGUGAGCCAUCAUCCGACAAAACAUUCCCUCGGGUACAAGCGACUAACAGUGUGAAGUUCAACACUCGGCAGCCGGCAUCCUCCGGGUCCGGGUCACUGUUCGACUCCGCGCCCGUUCGAAACUCCGGAAUCUCGGGCAGUUUCGACGGGAAGCCAGCACGGGCUGCUGCUGGGGACAGCGACAGCUAUGGCUACUACUCUGACCUGUCCAACCUGUACGGAGACCAGCUCUGGGAGCCGCUGGACGCCUCAGCCGCGCCCGGCGUGACGCAGCAGACGAGGGACUUUGACGCCGGUCUGUCUGAGAAUCGGCUGGAUUUCGGCAAUCAACAGUCGCCAGUGGCGAGUCAGUUGAACAGGGACGUCCCUCAGCAGGGUGUGGAGUUUGACAGCUACGGAUACUAUUCGAAUCUCGACAAUCUCUACGGGCCAGAUGCACCUCCAGAGGCUCCUCUGAAGAAGAAACUGGUGGUGAAAAAGAAGACUGCGGCUGGAUUCGACCGUGGAGCUUCAUCCGGGCUCAGAAAUUUAAACACUGGCGCUGUGCAAAAAGGAAUAACUUUUGACAACAGUCAGAACACAUUCAGCUCAUCAGGGACUCAACUCCAACCAGACAACACAGUAACCACUGCCGAUUUUGACAGCUACGGAUUUUAUUCAAACCUGGACAACCUUUAUCGCACCGACUCCAGACAGAGCGUCCACGUAAAGCCUGACACGAGGAGACAGUCACGGCUUGGUGUCACUUCGACGGGUGGCAGGGCUGACGACAAAGCAGCGGUGGGCCCUACGCGUCAAACACAGACCAACCGGAUCAGGAAUUUCACGUCAGAGAGGAAGACCGCCGGCAGAGAGCUGGACAGAUCCCGCUCACAAAACGAGGUCGAGUUCGAUAGCUACGGAUUCUAUUCCGACCCGCGCAAUUUGUACGCGUAAAGCGAUAAUCGGUGUUGACUGUUGGCUUCAUGAAUUCGCAUGCUAUUGCGGGUAGAGCAAGCGCAGUUGUCGAACAAAAUACGGUUCGACAACGGUGAGGCUGACGACAAUAAAACUGAUUUUCGGCGUUGAAUUAUCAGCUUAUGUAAAUGAUUUGCCUUCCCUCAUAACAAAGCAUAUGUGUCUCAGUUAUCGUGCAGUGAUUGUGUACGGAGUGAAGAAGGGAAAGCAGCGGUGGUGAGUGUACCUACCAAUCGUAUGUAAUGUGUAUGGCUCGAUUAUCUG